CACUCUGGUCUUCUUAAUAAUCUUUGGCUAAGCUAUGAAGUGUCCAGUAUGAAGUAAGAUUUAUUAUUAUUAUUAUUUAUACAGUGACCUCUAAAUGGCGCAACAAUUAAAGUCCGUGACUGUACCUAUCCGUAAGGCCAGUAAAGUCAAAACAAAAACUUUAUCUUAAAAUGUGGUGAUAAAUAAUUAGCCACCGUGUGACUCUCUUCAUGAUCAGACGUAUUUUAGAAAGCUUGUUGAAUUGCAGUCACGGAACGAAACGAUUACCUAAUCUCAACGAUGGCGUUUUCCAAUAUGGGGCUAGUCUCAGCGCUCGUUUUGCUACUACCCCUGCUGCUGCCAACUGAGGCUGACUACGUCACCUGGGCUCAAUGCACGCGCUACGGCAGAAGAGAACGCGUCAGAGAAUACCCAACCGACACCGAAGCCACAUGGUUAAACCUUGCAAUGUGCCGCAUCAAAAACGUAACCCUUACCGACAUUAACGGCCUUCCCAACCUGGUCUUUCUCUUCUUGAAUUAUAAUAAUAUCGAAAAUAUAGACACCGCUGCGUUCCGUUCCCUUCCGAAUUUAACAAAAGUAGAGUUAGGAUACAACAAGUUAAAACAAGCGCCUGUGUUCGUAGAGAAUUCAUGCCCUAGUUUAACUGAGUUAUUCUUAUGGAACAAUCAGAUCGAAAACAUAAAUAAUGGUGAAACAUUUUCGCCUUGUGCAAAACUAGAGCGAUUAUUUCUGUCAAAUAAUCAAAUCGAACAUCUCCACCCGGAUUUGUUUAAAUCGUUACCUGAAUUGAAAGAAUUGUACUUAUACGAUAACAAGAUCAAUUUUAUUCCUGAACAAAUGUUCGAAAGCAGCAAGCUUCAAAGGUUAGACUUGCACGAGAAUAGGUUAAGCUACUUGCCUGCUAACUUUGUCGGUAAACUGCCAAGUCUUAGUCAAUUUGAUUUCUCGGAUAAUCCUUGGGAGUGCGAGUGCUUUCUUGAGCUUAUCGAGGAGGUAAAGAAGGUGCCUAAACUCACGUACAACGAGGGCACGAGGCCAGAAUGUGUGAAUAAUAGCACGAAAUCAUGCAACAGGCGUAGCUCUUCCCACGGAGUUUUCACACGCUUAGGUUAGGAGCAUGUAGCAAAUGGGGGAAUGAGGAUACGUAUGGUAUGCACAGAUUUAGGAACGCCGGCCAACAGUGUAUCGUUCAUUAAUCUUGUACUACUAAUAGUUUCAGGCCACGAUAUAUCAUGGUUACAAGGUUAUUUAUUAAGUUAUCUAAUUGAAUAUAUAAUAUCUAUGUAUUUAAUGUGUUGGCUUAAAGCUAUUACCUACCACGCGUAUUCCGCAUUCAAUCAUUUGAGAGCAUAUAGCUCACACGGGUCAGCAUCAGCAUUAUACUGAGGCGAGCCCAGUGUGUCAAUGUCAAUAUGCUAAUUUUCAAUGUUUUAAAGUUUAUCACGAAAUAAAAUGAUUUAUUAUGUAAUGUAAUCAGUAAUCGUCUUAAAAUUAAACUAUAAACUAAUUUAUAACUUAUAAUUACUUAACUCGAUUUUUAACUAAUUACUUACUGAUUAAAGCACUCCAUAUUUA